CGACCUGACGCGGAACAGGAUGAUGACGUCAGAGCGAGCGUCAUCAGUCCGCUGCUGAGGCCUGAUAAAAGAGACCGAGGACAAUUAUAUGUUUCUCUUGCUCUCAGAGUCAAAGAGUUUCUCGUGCAAACGAUAUCUUGACCUUGACGUAACACUUAAGUGUGGAGGGAAGCCAUGUGCAUGUGAUGAGUGCCAGAAGAUUUCCACAAUGAACCUUACUGAACCCAUGAGAAUUCACACUGCGGAGAGUCUCCCAGAAAAACAAAACCUUGAUGGACAGAAGAAAAGCCACUCUCUGGGAAGCUCCUACGAAUGUGAUCAAUGUGGGACGAGAUUCCCAUACAGAGGAAACCUUAAGAAACACAUGAGGACCCACACCGGAGAAAAGCCACACGAAUGCGAUCAAUGUGGGAAGAGUUUCACGCAAAAAGGAAACCUUAAAGUUCACAUGAAAGUCCACACCGGAGAGAAACCUUACACGUGUGAUCAGUGCGGGAAGAGUUUCGCACAUAAAGGAAACCUGAGCAUACACAGAAAAAUCCACAGCGGAGAGAAACCACACACAUGUGAUCAGUGCGGGAAGAGCUUCAUACACAGAACAACCCUCAACAAGCACAUGACCAUCCACACGGGAGAGAAACGGCACACGUGUGCUCAGUGUGGGAAGAGCUACACACAGAAAGGAGGCCUUAAAGAACACAUGAAGAUCCACACCGGAGAGAAGCCAUACACGUGUGACCAGUGCGGCAAGAGUUUCGGAAAAUCAGGCGUUUUUAAGGUACAUCUGCUUUCUCAUUCCAGAGAAAGACUGUAUAGCUGUGAUCAGUGCGACAAGAGGUUUUUUAGGCCAGAUUUCCUGAAGGAUCACCUGAAGGUUCACACCAAGGAGAAGCCUUAUGUGUGUUCUCUGUGUGGAAAGAGUUUUAGUCAGAUGGGAACUCUGAAAUUACACCAGAAAAGACACAGCGGUGUGAAGGAUCACGUUUGCUCUGAAUGCGGGAAAGCUUUUUUUACAGAAGGAGCGCUGAAAGUGCACGGGACGGUCCACACGAGAGAAACGCCUUACAAGUGUUCACACUGUGACAAGAGCUUCAAGCGCUCCGAAUAUCUGAGGAUCCACGAGAGGAUCCACACGGGAGAGAAGCCGUAUCGCUGCCAUUCAUGCGGGAAGACCUUCACUCAUUUCCCUUCUCUAACCGCUCAUAAAAAAAAAACAUGUCUGAAAUAUAUUACAGAGUAGUUUGUUAUAUUGAUAGUUGAGUAAUCAAAGCAACUAAACAACAUGAACAUUUCCUUUUAAUGAAUCAUUUUGUUAUCAUUAUUCAGUUUAAUAUGUAAUAGUUUUCCCAGGGCCUUCCAAGCACGACGGGAUAGAUGGAUAGGAGCUGCUAGCCGCGAGCGUAGACCGUAGACUGUAGUCGUGGAUGGAGGAGUCUGCCAGCUGGAGUUUAAACGGUUCGUCAUGCACAGAUAAAGGAGUAGCUGUUUGGCCGAAUACCUCCCUGAAGUGUCCAGUGAAUUGGGUUUAGGGGGGUGGUGACCACAGGGUUUAGGAGGGUGGUGACCACAGGGUUUAGGAGGGUGGUGGUGACCACAGGGUUUAGGAGGGUGGUGACCACAGGGUUUAGGAGGGUGGUGGUGACCACAGGGUUUAGGAGGGUGGUGACCACAGGGUUUAGGGGGGUGGUGGUGACCACAGGGUUUAGGAGGGUGGUGGUGACCACAGGGUUUAGGAGGGUGGUGGUGACCACAGUGUUUAGGAGGGUGGUGGUGACCACAGUGUUUAGGAGGGUGGUGGUGACCACAGGGUUUAGGAGGGUGGUGGUGACCACAGGGUUUAGGAGGGUGGUGGUGACCACAGGGUUUAGGAGGGUGGUGGUGACCACAGGGUUUAGGAGGGUGGUGGUGACCACAGGGUUUAGGAGGGUGGUGGUGACCACAGGGUUUAGGAGGGUGGUGGUGACCACAGGGUUUAGGGUGUUCCUCAGGGCUUCGGGGGUGUUAUAAACAGUGACUGGGAAGUCACCAACUGAUCCAGAUUGAACAGCAACUUCACUGCUGACUGAUCUCUAGCUUUUCUUUGUCCCAGUAUUGUGUUUCCUGAUACACUUUUCCCAGCUUCUGUUUUUUUCCAGUAGGACCACAUAUAAAUGAUUUCUGUCAUUUUAAAGAUGCUUGGUGCUAUAAGACCAAAUGCAGAUGUGUAAUUCACAUCCCAUAAAAUAAGAAAAUAAAGCUCUCUAUUCAGUGUC